AUGACGACAGUCGGCGACGGACCCUCCAAAGGGCGUUUCCGGUGUGAGGCGGAUGUGGCCGAGAGGAGCCCGAGGUUGAGAGCGGGAGUUACGCGAGCCAUGGAGGAGGUUCAGCGGCGGCAUCCGCGACGAUCUCUGAAGAAACUAAGUGAGGACAGCCUGACCAAGCAGCCAGAGGAAGUCUUUGAUGUGCUGGAGAAACUUGGUGAAGGGUCAUAUGGCAGUGUGUUCAAAGCAAUCCACAAGGAGUCAGGCCAAGUGGUGGCCAUCAAACAGGUCCCGGUAGAAUCAGACUUGCAGGAGAUUAUCAAAGAGAUCUCUAUUAUGCAGCAGUGUGAUAGUCCUCAUGUGGUAAAGUACUAUGGAAGCUAUUUCAAGAAUACAGAUUUGUGGAUUGUCAUGGAAUACUGUGGAGCCGGUUCAGUAUCAGAUCUUAUUCGGAUAAGGAAUAAAACGCUAACAGAGGAUGAGAUUGCCACAAUCUUACAAUCCACGUUAAAAGGGUUGGAAUAUCUACAUUUCAUGAGAAAAAUCCACAGGGACAUCAAAGCUGGAAACAUCUUGCUGAACAAUGAGGGGCAUGCUAAACUGGCGGAUUUUGGAGUUGCGGGUCAGCUUACUGAUACAAUGGCCAAGAGGAACACAGUGAUUGGGACUCCAUUCUGGAUGGCGCCCGAAGUGAUCCAGGAAAUCGGUUACAAUUGUGUUGCAGACAUCUGGUCGUUGGGGAUUUCAGCAAUAGAGAUGGCUGAAGGGAAGCCACCGUAUGCGGACAUUCAUCCAAUGAGGGCUAUUUUCAUGAUUCCAACGAACCCACCACCAACAUUCCGGAAACCAGAACUCUGGUCGGAUGAGUUUACAGAUUUUGUGAAGCAGUGUUUAGUUAAAAACCCAGAGCAAAGAGCUGCUGCUACACAGCUCCUACAGCAUCCAUUCAUUAAAGGUGCCAAACCUGUGUCAAUCUUGCGGGACCUGAUCAACGACAUGAUGGAAAUUAAACUGAAGCACAAAGAGGCACAGCAGCGAGACAUAGAUCAGGAUGAUGACGAGAACUCGGAAGAGGAAGACAGUGAUUCGGGCACCAUGGUGAGAGCAAGUGCUGACGACACAGGGACCAUGAGGGCUGCCAGCACGAUGAGUGACGGUGCGCGGACAAUGAUCGAGCACGAGAGUGCUACUCUAGACUCUCAGAUGGGGACCAUGGUGAUCAACAGUGAAGACAGUGAAGUGGACGGAACGAUGAAACAGAAAGAUGAGACGAUACAGCAGAGUAAACCGUCUUUCCUGGAGUACUUUGAGCAGAAGGAAAAAGAGAAUCAAGCGAACAGCCACAGUAAUCGUAAUGCACUUCAGGGCUCUGAUAACUGGAAGGUGCCACAGGAUGGUGACUUUGAAUUUUUAAAAAGUUGGACCGUUGAAGAAUUGCAGAGGAGACUCGCGUCACUGGACCCCACGAUGGAGCAGGAGAUCGAAGAGAUUCGCCAGCGCUACCAGGCCAAGAGGCAGCCCAUCCUGGAUGCCAUCGAUGCCAAAAAACGACGGCAGCAGAACUUCUGAGACUCUCGCAGGAGUUCCCACCAGCGGGGCAAUGGGUUGAACCCGCUCAAGGCUCAUUGAAGAAGCAUUGUCUCCAAAGCACACAUGCACACACAUUCACACACAUUCAUACACACAUACAUGGACAGAUACAUACCACACAACCUUUACUGUUACUUUGCACAUACAGGUACACACACAUUUAGGGGGAGUAUACAGAUUUGCACUCAUUCCCUCUCCCUCUCCCCUUCCCCCUCCCCUUCCUCCUCCACCCUCCUUCUGUCCUCCCUCUCCCUCCCCCUCCCUCUCUCCCUCUCCCUCUCUCUCUCUAUCUCUCCCUCUCUCUCUAUCUCUUUCUCUCUCUCUCUAACACACACACACACACACACAAAACCAUAGACUCUCACGCAGACACAACAAAACAGCUCUCCUACCAUGGACUAAUAGGCACGUUGCCCCCUCUAACCUCAGGUGUCUUGCUUAUGGUUAAGUGGCUUAUAAAGAGCCACCACCAGGAUGAACAUUGUUUUUAUUUUAUUUUUUAAAAACUAUUUUUCUAAGAUAUUUUUUCCGGAAGCCAUCAUCAUUCUGAGAAACCUUAAGCUAUCUAUUUUAAACAAAUGAGAGGAGCUCCCCAGAUUAACACUUUUCAAUACGGCUACUGUAUAUCAAGGCUUCGGGCCUAUUCCCAGUCUCCACUCAUCCCUACCUAACCACUAAAGGUUGACUUUGAACUAUGAUGGAAUAUCUAUCUCCAAGACAUGAAAUGACAUGAAUCGCUGCAUUCACAGAAACGUUCUGUUUCUCUCCAAUUUCCUCUCUUGGAGUACUGUGCUUUACAAUGCCCUCCACAACCAGAAGACCCAGUGAUCUCUGCUAUUGUAAAUGCUCGAACUGAGACAAAGGCACCAACUAACUUUUGUUAACAUUUUUAACCCUUAAAAUUUUGUUUCUUACAGCUUUUUCAGCUUUGUAAUUUGUUCUGUCGAAAUAAUGAGGUGGUUUUGACAGGUGGAACUUGCUGCAUAACGUUAGGAUGAGCCAGUGAAAUGUUUCUGAGAUUGCAGUUUCUUUACUCAUGUGGUACACAUAGCAACCAACUUGUUCCCUGCAACAGAAAUAUCUGUGGAGGUUUAAAAAUCUUAGCGGGUUAAUCAGCAUCUUUGGGGGCGAAGGAGUUAACUAUGCAUCAGUUCCCAGUGAGCUCCCACAAGGAUCAAUGAAAUAAUAUUGAUAUCAGGUUUUUUUUUAGAGAGAGGGGUUAAUAAAGAAACAAGCAUUGAUCAUGGCACAAGAGGAGAUCUCCCCUGCUCUUAGACCGUAGAUAUAGGAGCAGAAAUAGGGCAUUCGGUCUAUCGAAUCUGCUCCGUCAUUUCCAUCAUCGUUGAUUUAAUAUCACUUUCAGCCUUGUUCUCCUGCCAUCUCCCCAUGACCUUUGACAUCCUCACCUAUCAGCCUCUGCUUUAAAUAUACCCAGUGACUUGGCCUACACAACCGUUUUUGGCAGUGGAGCUGUGGCAUGGUAGCGUUACCUAGAUCCAAUUCCCACUGCUGCCUGUAAGAUGCUUGUACAUUCUCCCCGUGACCACGUGAGUUUCCUCCCACAGUCCAAAGAUGUACUGGUUGGUAGGUUAAUUGGUCAUUGUAAAUUGUCCUGUGAUUAGGGUUAAAGUCAGGCAUCGCUGGAUGGUGUGGCUCAAAGAGCCAGAAGGGCCUGUUCCGUGCUGUAUCUUAAUAAAAUUACUCCGGUUCACCACCCUCUGGCUGAAGAAAGCUACUCUCGCUUUCUAUUUCUCAUUGUUGUUGUCUUUGAGAUGAUUUUAAUAGGACCUUUUAUCUCCAGCUGACAGUGCAGAUAGGGCCACAGCUUAGUGCUUACCUGAUAAUGUGACACUCUCCUGGCACGGCACAGGAAGUUUUACCCUGGGUAUUAUGCUUGUAUUAUGCAUUAAGACUCGAACUUAAGAUCAUUUCAUUCCAAAUGAGAGUGCUGGCACCUUUAUAAAGUGGCAUUUCUGGACUGGCAUCCAUGUCAUUCCAAACCUUUCAGUUCAAAUAUUAUUUGUAACACACACAGGAGCUCAUCAGGUCAUGGAGAGGAAUAAACAGUCGACAUUUCAGGCCGAGACUUUUCAUCAGGACUGGAAAGGAAACCAGAAUAAGAAGGUGGGGGGAGGGGGAGUACAAGCUGGCAGGUGAGAGGUGAGACCAAGUGAGGGAAAACAUCAUAUUCUGCAGAUUCUGGAAAUCAAAGUUCAAAGUAAAUUUACUUCAAAGUAUGCAUACAUUUUCUUGAGCAACGCACAAAAUGCUGGAGGAACUCAGUAGAUCAGGUGGCAUCUGUGGGGCGGGGGGGAAGUGACCAAACAGUUAAUAUUUUGAGCCAAGGACCUUCCUCAGGACACCCAUCCUGAAAUGACUACUGUUUGUUCCUCUCUACAGGUGCUGCCCUGACCUCCCGAGUUCCUCCAGGAUUUUUGUGUGUGUGUGCGUUGCUCAAGAUUUCCAGCAUCUGCAGAAGUCUCUUGUGUCCCAAAUAUUAUUUGCGGCAUGUAAAAUGCCCUCAGAUCCUUUGGGUGUUUAAGCAGUUGUCGUUACCUUUGCUGAUAGUGUUAAACGCCGCUGUGCUGGCCCUCACUAGGCAUUGCUGUGGUGCCAGUAUCAUCUACUUGAUAUCCACAGCACCUUUUCCUAGUAUGCGCUAGUAUUUAGUCCAUUACUGCUUCGUUUUGGAACCAAUUGUUCUUUGGUUCUGUAAUUACUCAUGAUCAGACUGCCCUCUAAAUAUAAACUGGUGGAAAUUCAUAGUUUAUUGAAAGUAAUGCUCAGCAAUUUAGAUGGAGCCCACCAUCAGAAUUCAUUCCUCCAUGAACUGUUGCUGACUAACUUCGUUUCAUAUCUUAUUACAAUAUUUACCCCUAAAUGCUCACCCUCCUUCUUAGCGUGAAACUUUUCCAGGCAAUAAGCUUUGAACAUUGAUAGUAGAAAUGAUAACUCGCGCAGUAUUUUGUUUUUUAUUUUGCAGUGUUUAACCAGCUGACGUGGGAUUUAGCACAAAGACAAGAAAAUUUGCAGAAGCUGGGAAUCCAAACAAUGCACACUAAAUGCUGGAGGAACUCAGCAGGUCAGGCAGCAAGUGUGGAGAGGAAUAAACAGUUGACGUUUCAGGCCGAGACCCUUCAUCAGGUCCUGUGAAGAAGCAUUGGUUCCACAACAUACAUUCAUGCACCACAGGUUCUCACACAUAACUUGCACUGUAACUUUGCACAUACAAGUGUACACUCACUUGAGUGAAAUAUACGGACUUACGCUCAUUGUGACGCAUAUGCACACAAAGAGAGGAAUAUGCACACUUUCUCUCUCUAUCUUUCACAUAGUCCCUCUGGCUCCCUCAGUGGCCCCCCUUCACUUUCCUUCUCUCACCUCCCUCCCUCUCCCUGUUCCUCUCUCUUGCUCUUUUACUGUUUCAUACACGCAUAUACACCCUUUCACACCAGAGAUAAGCAUCAAAAUAAAACAGCUCCCAUACCAUGGACUGUCUAACCUCAUCCUUGUGUUCUGAUGAAGGGUCUCUGCCUAAAGCUUAUUCCUCUCUCUAGAUGCUGCCUGACCUACUGAGUUCCUCCAGUGUGUUACUCUGGAUUUCCAGCGUCAGUAGAAUCUCUUGUGUUGACGAGGUGUCGCUGGGUUGGUUCCCCAAACCAAGGCAGCUGUGUCUUUGCUUGAUGAUAGUGUGUAUCACCUAGCUCACCCAGGGCAGGUGGACGAUACAUGACUUGCCUUUACCUCUGUGCAGAUAAAAUUUCACAACCACAGUGCUUGCUGCUCCUCCAUUUGCAAGAUGCCUCAACAGGUCCAUCCUGCACUUACCAUGAAGCAGAUCUCAGAUGGAUUAGAAUGGCUCUGGUUUCUGUUGCAUGUUGUGCAUUGUGUCAGCUGCUGGCAGCAGGCUUGCCUUUUUGCUCCCUGUGCCCAGAUCCAGUACCCUUUUCCCAUCCAUAAGAUGUAGGAGCAGAAUUAGGUUAUUUGACCCGAGUCUGCUCGACAGCUGAUUUAUUAUCCUUCUCAGCCCCACUCUACUGCCUUCUCCAAUGAUAACUGCUGUGAAAUCCACCUGUGUACCUCUCACACAGUGUUUUACAGUGGCUGAGUAGCCACUGUCUCUUGGCUUACCGCAGCUUUGAUCAGCACAGUGUAUUAGCAAUGUUGAUAGAGAUGUUUCGGCAACAGACUUGGAAUAUGAUGAUCUGUGAACUUGCCUUAGAAAAUGCACACGAAUUAGCUAAUUGGGAUCCACCCUGGAACAUAUCCACACUUGUUGAAUGUACAGUGCAAAGAAUUUACUCAUCUUGUGAAGAUCUACAUCAUUGUUAUAUUUAGGGUGUGAAAAAAUAGAUUUUCACUGGUGUUUUUCAGUAAACUGGAUUGAAAGUGUUCAAUUUCAAACUGUUUGAGAAGUGCUAAUGAGACAGAAAUGGCCCAUGUUCCUCUGCUUGUGGCAGCCCCAUACUUGCUUUCUGUAGCUUGUUACGAUGAGAAAUUUUGACUUUUUUUUUACCUAAGUCUCUGCACCGUUUUAAACAUGAGAUUCUGCAGAGGCUUAGAUAGAAAUAGUUUUGCAGAGGGAUCAAGAACUAGAUCAACGGUUCCCACGGAGCCAUACCACUAACUGAGGAGUCCGUGGUCCCCAGGCUGGGAACUUCUGAACUAGAGGGAUCGAGGGCACAUAGUGAAGUGACUGGCAAAAGGGGCCAAAAGUGACACAAGGAUUGUAUUUUACCUUACACAGCAGGUGGUUGGGUGCCGGGUACAAUCAUGGAGGUAACGGUGGUGCUGAAUAAUAGAGUUGUGUAAGAGAAUCUGCAAUACUACAGGGAUCAAGUGAAACUAGUUGUGAUAAUCUGCAUGAGUUUUCAUUACAGCCACAAUUCUCACCCUCAUUUGGCUAUAAAGUCCUCUCCUGGAAGAAGAAGCCAUUUUGGCCUUUCAGGAUGUCUCUGAAAGAGGCAAGUCAUUUUUGAAUAGUCCCCCAACACUUGCUGCCUUAUGCUGUCUCCUAAAAAAAAAUGACAUGUCAGAUUGUAAUCAAUAUGCAAAAUAGAGGAUAGAAGCAGGAGGAGGUUAUUCCAUAUUCCACUCAAUCAGGGUUGGCCUGUCCUUCACUCCCAAUUACCACUUUCUGUAGUACCGUAACACCUUCGAUCAAAUUUGAUAUUGUCAUCCAAGCAGUUUCUGUGGGAGAGUGCUCUGCAUUCAUGCUUCCUUGCAUGUGAAGAAAUGUUUCCUGAUUUCAGCAUUCUUUGGAAGGCUCUAAUAGUAAGGCUGUUCAUUGUUUGGAAUCCCCUAAGCCACUAAACAACUCUGCCUGACUCCCUACCCUAUCUUGGGUUAACCCUGGUGUCGCACCAUGUAGUAACACUGCCUGCUCUCGUUACCCCCGGAAUUGUUUUCCCUCAACUAACUAACUCGAGUCAGUAGACCUCAAAAGAUAUACGAGGAAUGUAGCAUGCUUAAGACCCAUGAUAAAUUAAGGAAAUUGUUUUAACACCCCGAGUGUCUUGAUGUUCUAUAGGUGGUCCCGUGGAAUCUACUUUCAUUACAUUCUGGACUAGAUUGCAUGUAACACUGCGAUAAUGGAACUUGCUCUCAGCUUUGACGAGCAGCGCACUCUCAGGUACUGAAACCCCCUUGGCCUUUAUGAGCGAUGUUGCAAGGACAAUGAGGUUAAGGAUUAUAAUCAUGCAGUAUUUUAUUCAUCUUUCCCCCGGGUUUUGAAAUUAAUUUCCAAUCUACUGUUGACAGUGACCCCCAACUUUCACUGUGUAUAAUCAUGUUUAACAUACUUUCUCUUUUAAAACCCAGACACACUGUAUAUAUUUGAUCAAUGGUGCAGAGACAUCUACGGAGAGGUACAAACAGUCAGCUUUUGGGCCAAAACCCUUCAUCUUGUGUUCAGGAAAAUUAAAUUUGCUUAUUUAUUUUAAGUGAGUAGUGCCUGUUUUACUCAGGGCAAAAUAAAAAUGUAAGCUAAACCGUGAGUUUAACCCAACAUUAGGUCACUCUGGUCUCCUCACUCCUUCAGCUAACAAGUAUGAAAAAGAAAAGCUGUGACAGACAAAUGGAGAAGUCCAUGACAUUAAAGAAUGUAGGUGUUACUGAGCACAAUUAUACAGUACGUGUGCAGAUUUUACCUGACAUCUUCCCCACUGAAGCACUUGAACCAUAAAGCAAGAUUUAAAGAGCAACCAGAGUUGGAAGUGGACCUUCCCAUUGCCUAUUAUGACUUUCCUAUCCAGUGCUUGACUUAUAGAGUCAUAGAACGCAAGAACACAGAAACAGACCAUUCAGCGAAUCUAGUCGUGCUGAACUGUUAAUCUCCCUGGUCCCAUACUCCUGCACCCAGACUAUAGCCCUCCAGACCCCUCCCAUUCAUGUCCUUAUCCAAACGUCUCUGAAAUAUUGAAGUCGAACCCACAUCCACUAUUUCCACUGGCAGAUCAUUCCACACUCUCACCACCCUCUGAGUGAAGAAGUUCCCCCUCAUGUUCCCCUUAAACAUUUCACCUUUCACCCCUAACCCAUGACCUCUAGUUGUAGUCUCACCCAACGUCAGUAGAAAGAGCCUGCUUGCAGGUUAUACCCCUCAUAAUUUUGUAUACCUCUACUGUAUCAAAUCUCCUAUGUUGACUCUCCCUAAUCAGUUACAUACAAGGAAUGUGGAGAGCAGACUCACCUGAUGUUGGGUUAAAUUAGUUAACUCUGUGUUAGUUUUUUGUGGUUAUGAACAUGUAAAGCCAAGUGCUUACCUAACAGUGUUAGUUACCUAUUAACUUGAAUUCAUCCUGCAUGACAGAGGUUAUUGUCUGCAAGUGUUUGAAUUACCAGCUGAUUUGGGAAAAAGGAGGAAUGACCCUUUCCUCAAUCUGCCCCUUUUUAAUCUGUGACCUCAGACUACAGCUAUGGCCUCUUCCCCUCAUGGUCAUAUUAUAUUGGUUUGUGACCACUUUUUAAGUGCUGAUCAAAGACUGACUGGAGCCUCUCGAGCUUUCUCACUAACACCAAGCAUUGCCUCAACAUGGUAAUAGAAGUAGCCCUUCUUCCCUCCAACGCAAGCACAUACAGUCCCUCAGUGUCUUUCAGGAGUGUUGAUGUGCAUAAGGUAGACUGAUUAAGUAAUUUCAUAAAUUAACAAAGGGAGCCUUUAUCUUUCGAUGGGGUUUAUCCAGAAAGUGAAGGAGCAACUUUAAAAUUAAAGCUGCUCUACUCAUGGAUGAAUUGAGGAAACAUGACAAGAUCUGGCCCUUCCCCUCAAUUUGCUAUCCAAACGUAAUGAAAUGUUUCUGAUGUUUUGGGAGCUCCGGGCUUCAAUCUCAGCCCAGGAAGCUGGUCUGUCCUGCAGCUCAGAAAGAGUUGUCCCAAUCUGUUCCUCACCAAUCUCUCCUAGACCUAAAUAUUGAUUGAUUUUUGAAACUGUUUCCAAUGGCCUUUCAGGUCAUGGGCAGCCUCUCAUAACCUGAAAACAGUAACUUCUCUUCUCUCAGAUUCUUGAUCCAAUUAACCUAAAUCUCUGAGUUCUAGCCCUCCUGAGCCUCCCUGAUAAUUAUGAGCACCUCUAUUAAAUCUCCCCUUAGCUUGCAUGCGCCUAAAGGGAUGAUUGUAGUAGCCUCAUGCCUGGUGCGUCAUUUGUAAAUUUCCUGUCCAUUGUCAAGCAUCCUUACUGGCAUGGUACGUAAAGUUGACUGAGCACCAGACCGUGGGGAAUACAGGAGCUCUGUACCUCUGUAGAGCUCUUCUCACAUUCACUUGUUUAAAAUACCACUAGUGAUUCAAGUUUUGUUACAGGGACUGAAAGCUGGAAGAAUUGUGCUGUCAUUCAGAAAGGUUAUUGUGAAUGCAAGUCCAAAAUCCAUCAGCUUAGAGGUAAAUUUGGGGUGGGGGUGGAGAAGAGACUGGUAAAUUAAUGUGGGGACCAUUUGAAGAGCGAUUUUCUAAAUCUAAUGAGACUUUGCUAUAUUGCAGCCAAUUUACAAAAGGCUAAGUCAAUGUUUGAGUCCUUAUCAUGAAAGCACUGGGAUGGAAAGACACGAGUAAUUGGACUUUCCAGUUUAAAGAUUCAAACAGUUUCAAAGAGAUGUAUUGUCACAGCAGGUUCUGAACAUUUGAAUUGGAGAUCAAAUCAGUCUUUUUCCUGUGUGCAUAUUAUAUAAAAUGUUCAAUUUAGAUGUGUAUGUUUGUGGGUGAAGAAAAGUUUGUAAAUUUUACUGUCUUUUAUUCUGAUUUAAUGUUGCAGCCACUUUGUUCUGUAAACUUUGUUUUACUAUGUUUGACAACGAUAAUGUCAAUUAAAAUAAAUCGUUGGGAAGUGUUUGAAGGGUUCUUUCUUGAUCUGAUAAAAUACAGCAAGGUUGCACA